GCGCUAUUCCCGCCCCUUCCUCACACACCGCGACCAGCUCACACACGCCAUGGGUGCCACGAAAAAGUCCGCGUCGGGCGUCGCCAAGUCUGGAGGCGCGGCCGCGUCCACCAGGCCCGGGAGCUCCUUCAUCAAGUGGGCGUACCGCGCUGUCAUCGCCUACGUCAUUUACCUGGCCUGCGCCGUCCUCGACCGUGUCAAGGACCGAUGGUACGUGUUCACGCCCGAGCACCUCCAUGAGCUUGCACAGGCCGCGGUGCGCGCGCACCCCGGUGAUAUCGACGCGAUCAUCCCCUUCAUCGUCUCGAACCUCACCGCGCACUACCCUUCGUCUGCUAUCGCGAUCAACACGGACGCGAGCGAGUGGGUGUUCAACAACGCGGGCGGCGCGAUGGGCGCGAUGUACGUCAUCCACGCGAGCAUCACCGAGUACCUUAUCGUGUUCGGGACGCCGCUCGGGACGGAGGGCCACAGCGGCGUGCACACCGCGGACGACUACUUCAACAUCCUCGUCGGGGAGCAGUGGGCGUUCGACCCGCCGAAACUGCAGAUGGAGGUGUACCGCCCAGGCGAUGUGCACCACCUCCGCCGCGGGCACGUCAAGCAGUACAAGAUGCACGAGGGCUGCUACGCGCUCGAGUACGCCAGAGGCUGGAUCCCGCUCAUGUUGCCCUUCGGCUUCGCGGACACGUUCUCGUCCACGCUCGACUUCUGGUCCUUCGGUGAGACCGUGCGCAUCACGGCGCGCGAGUACCUCCGCAACCUCUCCCUCGGCAAGAUCUAGCGAAGCAACAUCUCCCCAGCAAGAUCUAAUUCAGAGACCGCCCCGUCACUUUCCUCGGGCCUACGCCCAAAAGUAACGAUACACUAUUGUAUACUACGCCUGUAAUCGGGUCCGCGCGGUAUAGGUCGACCGUGCUCUGCUAUCGUUGCUUGCUU